UCUCCUUCUCUCCUCGCCCCCCCAGGAUGAUCCCCUCGUCCAGCAAGACCUUCCUGGUGAACGACUUGGCGGCCGGCCGGGACUACGACCUGUGUGUCCUGGCUGUCUACGAUGACGGGGUGACAUCCCUGACGGCCACCCGGGUGGUGGGCUGCGUCCAGUUCACCACGGAGGGCGAGGCCACCCAGUGCCACUCGCUUCACACCCAGUUCCUGGGGGGCACCAUGAUCAUCAUCAUCGGAGGCAUCAUCGUGGCCUCUGUCCUGGUCUUCAUCAUCAUCCUCAUGAUCCGGUACAAAGUCUACAGCGGGCAGGAGGAGCACAAGAAAGCCAAAGUCAGCAACGUCUACUCGCAGACCAACGGGAACCAGCCUCACGCCCACCCCCUUCCCCGCUCGUCCUCCAAGGACAAAUACGAGACUCUCCAAGAAGUGGCCUCCAAGGAACCUCCUCCGAGGGGGGACGCUGCAGGAGAGGCGCCCAGCCGCCAAGACGUUGCCUUGACGGAGCUGGACAGCCGAGGAGGCUCCAAGAUGACCACCAGCCUCCAGACGGUGGCCAUCUUGUCUUCUGACGAAGGGCAGGCAGAAGGCGCCCUGAGGGGCUCGACGGUUUCCUUGUGCUUGGUCAAGGACGCCGGGUCGGGGCCGCCGUUGCGGGCCAAGAUGGGCGGCGGUGGCGGCGGUUUGGUGGGGUUCCCCGCGCGCGAGUUGUCCAGGACUCACCAUCACCGCCACUCCUUUGACGGGGACUACUCGCUGUUCCAGAGCCACAGCUACCCGCGUCGGGCACGGACAAAGCGACACAUGUCCACCUCGCAGUUGAACUCGGACGAGGACCCCCUGAGCCACAGGAGGGUCACUUUUAGCAGCACAGAAUGGAUGCUCGAAAGCACAGUCUGAAAAGCGGGGGGCGGGCGGCGGGGAGGGGGGGGC